AUGACCACAUCCUUCAAAAGCCGCAUGGAGCGGCUGCGAAAGGGCGCGCAUUCGAAAGUGAUGGAGCGGGAUCACAUCGUGGUGGCCGGGACGGCGCCGCCAAAGGAGCCAGACGGUUAUUAUUGGAGCACGUCCCUGCCAGGGCGGACACGCUGGUCCAGUCGUAUGCGGCUGAUUGCCCACAGCUGGACACCAUGUCAUGAAGCAGCAGCUCUCAGCAACUCUUCACUCCUUUGGACGCGUAGCUCCGGACGAGGCGUGCGCGGUCAUCCUCCCGCAGACCUGCAGCGAGUAGACUGGGUAUGGCCACGGAGACAUCACCCGCCGGACUGCAGCCCCGUCUUCUUUGGCAAAUUGCCGUCGCUGGAGAGCCUGCUUUCUCUCGAUCUGCAUCUCCCUUUGGCGACUGCUUCGUUUGAAGGAGAUGUGUCGGCCAUCAUGAGCACUCUUUGUGAGCGCCCUGUCCUGGACGAGGUGGAGGACUCGAAGAUCAUUGUGAAGAUUGUUAGAGCGCACCCAUCCGUGUUUACAUCGGCACGAGUCAGCGAGCUGAUGGGGCUUUUCACGUCACACGUUAGAUCGCACGUCACACGGGCUGUUGUUGCUGAUGUUAACACGGACAGAACGUCUGCACCUUCAAAUUUGUUCAUGGAGGCAACCUCUCGUCAGACUUAG